AGAGCUGAACAGGAAGUCUGGGCAGUCGGUGCAGAGACACGUUCAGGGGACUCGCGGCGCUCAGACCUUGGUCCUUAAUAAGCUCGACCUCCGUGUCUGCAGCACUCUGCUUUUUUUCCCGGGUGGCGACAUCCUGCGAAAUUCACCAUGUCUAUUCUCAAGAUCCAUGCCAGAGAGAUUUUCGACUCUCGUGGGAAUCCCACUGUGGAGGUGGAUCUCUGCACCUCAAAAGGCCUCUUCAGAGCUGCUGUGCCCAGCGGUGCCUCAACUGGCAUCUACGAGGCGCUCGAGCUCCGGGACAAUGACAAGACGCGCUACCUGGGGAAAGGUGUCUCAAAGGCUGUUGAGCACAUCAAUAAAACUAUUGCGCCUGCCCUGAUUAGCAAGAAACUGAGUGUCGUGGAGCAGGAGAAGAUUGACAAACUGAUGAUCGAGAUGGAUGGGACGGAAAAUAAAUCUAAAUUCGGAGCGAAUGCCAUUCUGGGGGUGUCCCUGGCAGUCUGCAAGGCUGGAGCUGUUGAAAAGGGGGUGCCCCUGUACCGCCAUAUUGCUGACCUGGCUGGCAACUCCGAGGUCAUCCUGCCUGUUCCGGCCUUCAAUGUCAUCAACGGUGGUUCUCAUGCUGGCAACAAACUGGCCAUGCAGGAGUUCAUGAUCCUGCCGGUCGGGGCGGCAAACUUCAAGGAGGCCAUGCGCAUUGGUGCAGAGGUGUAUCACAACCUGAAGAACGUCAUCAAGGAGAAGUACGGGAAAGACGCCACCAACGUGGGGGAUGAAGGUGGCUUUGCUCCCAACAUCCUGGAGAACAAAGAAGCCCUGGAGCUGCUCAAGAACGCCAUCGGGAAAGCCGGCUACACCGAUAAGGUUGUCAUUGGCAUGGACGUGGCUGCCUCCGAGUUCUUCAGGUCGGGGAAGUAUGACUUGGACUUCAAGUCGCCCGAUGAUCCCUGCAGGUACAUCACCCCUGACGAGCUGGCCAACCUGUACAAGUCCUUCGUCAAGGAUUACCCGGUGGUGUCCAUCGAGGACCCCUUCGACCAGGAUGAUUGGGAAGCGUGGCGGAAUUUCACUGCCAGCUCGGGGAUCCAGGUCGUGGGGGACGACCUCACGGUGACCAACCCGAAGCGCAUCUCCAAGGCCGUGAGCGAGAAGUCGUGCAACUGCCUCCUGCUCAAAGUGAACCAGAUCGGCUCGGUGACCGAGUCCCUGCAGGCGUGCAAGCUGGCCCAGUCCAAUGGAUGGGGCGUCAUGGUGUCCCACCGCUCCGGGGAGACUGAAGACACCUUCAUUGCCGACCUGGUGGUGGGGCUCUGCACUGGGCAGAUCAAGACUGGUGCUCCUUGCCGAUCUGAGCGCUUGGCCAAGUACAACCAGAUCCUCAGAAUUGAGGAGGAACUGGGCAGCAAGGCCAGGUUUGCCGGCAGGAACUUCAGAAACCCGCUCGCCAAGUAAGCUCCGGGCAGGAGCCUCUGAGCCCUGGUCACUGGUCAGCCAAUUAGACCUCUGCUCUCGUGUCCACACGGGCAGCUUGAGGCCCCCACCCCCAUCCCAGCUGACACUGCAGGGCCUCUGCUAGGUAACGGCCCUGUCCCAUCCCCGUGAUGUACUCACUGCUUCCUUAGAACCACGAAAGCCAAACUCAACUACCUGGAACCCUGCUGGAAACCGCAGCUCUGUAGUCAUGUGUUCGGCCUGAGUCACUGUGUUUCUCACCUCGUUUCCCAAGUGUCGGGAGCCAAGUGUAUCUACAUUGUAAUCUCUGAGGUCUCCACAGGCAAGAUCCCCAGUGGUUUUGUGUGCAAAAUAAAAAGGCUUCAGUGACCCGUA